AUGUCUUCCGAGCAAAUUAAGCAACUCGACGCCAAGCUGGACAACUACCACCUGUUGACUCACGACUUCUACAAGAAGUGGAGCCACGGCGAGCUCACCCUCGAGACCCUCAAGGUCUACGCCGGCCAGUACUACCACCACGUCGACGCCUUCCCAAGAUACAUCAGCACCAUCCACUCCAAGUGUGACGACAUCAAGUCCAGACAGGUGCUGCUCGGCAACUUGACCGAGGAGGAGAGCGGAGAGGAGAACCACCCAGAGCUCUGGAUGCGUUUUGCCGAGGGACUCGGAAACACCCGUGAGGCUGUCAAGUCCUCCGAGCUGCUGCCAAAGACCAAGGCCCUCGUCGACGGCUACUACGAUCUCUGCAACGAGUCCUACGCCAAGGGUCUCGGUGCUCUGUACGCCUACGAGAGACAGGUCCCAGAGGUUGCCAAGUCCAAGAUCGACGGUCUUGAGAAGUUCUACGGUAUCAACAACGAGCGUGCCCUCAAGUUCUUCGUCGAGCACAUCACCGCCGACGAGUGGCACUCUGAGGAGUGUGCCGCCCUCAUUGACAAGCUCUCUGAGGAGGACAGAAAGGUCGCCGAGCAGGGUGCUGAGGAGGCUGCCAAGCUUCUCUGGGGCUUCCUCGAUGGUAUGAUGGCCGUUUCCAACUAA